AUGCCCGACUCUCCAGGCGAUGAUCAAGAUUCACGCACCGCGUCGGUCGGUGUGCAGCGCGCCCGCGCGAAGACGGGCUCGGCGACCUCAUCGCGACGCAGUUCACAGGAGAGCAACCGGAGUCGCAGGCGCCGGCGGAACAAACAGGGCUCAGACGUGAGGGAUUUUGUGCCCCAAGGCGCGAGUUUCAGCUCUACCGCUGCGAUAUUGGACGUGGAGGCGCCGGAAGACGACGACACGUCCAGCUCCGGCUCAGACGACCCGGACACACCUGAACAACCCAAACCGUCGGUCGGCGGCAGCGCCCCGGCUAUCAACUGGAAUAAGGGGAGCAAGCGUGGAAUAAGGAUAACACUGGGCGGCCGGGUCGCCAAAGCAGCGCCAGCAGCGGAUUCCAGGUCGAGCUCGCCGUUCGAGGCGGUGCCCAAGGUCAACCCAGGGGGCACAGAGAAGAGCGACAGUCCGGACUUGUCCGAACGAAUGCAUCUCUCUGACGACUCGGAUGAUUCAGACUCUGGCGAGAUCUCCGAGGAAGAAGAGGGCGACGACUCUAUCAUGCUGAAUCUGGGCUCCCGCCCAAUAACAGACGAUGACAACAACCCUGCCGAUGAUGCCGAAGCAACCCCUACGGCGCGGAUAAUGAGCGUGAAAGAUGGAGCGGGACCGUCUAAAAAGGAGGCCUUUGAUAUGUUCUCGAAAUGCUACCCCGUGGCACCCGUGGAGCUCUCCGAUUUGGAGCGCGACGACCUGGAAACGGUCGCCAGGCUCUUCUUCUACGAUCGCAAUAUCAACGAGAUCGAUCUCCGGCUCCCCGUAGCCUGCACCGAGUGCUUCCAGGAGGGCCACCUUGCCCAAGUGUGUCCUUCCAAAGAGUGCGUCCAUUGCGGUGCGUGGAACCACCACCAGGACAUCUUCUGCCCCCAAUGGCGCAGAUGCCAGCGAUGUCGCGCGCGGGGGCAUGAUGUUGAGCAGUGUGAGUCCUUGCUCAAGGCCCCCGUGGGCGAAAUCCCCUGUGACAUGUGUGGAUCGGCCGAGCACCUCGAGCACGACUGCGAUCUCAUGUGGAAGCUGCCGCAGCGCACUGUGACUGCCGCCGCUGCUGCUGCUGCUCCGGAUACCGUGCUGGUCUCCGUUUCCUGCUCGCAUUGCACGAGCAACCGCCACUUGCUCGGCGACUGCCCCUCCCUGCCCAAACCUCUCCUCUCCUCCUCGUGGACGCUCAAGGGCGUCGAUCCGACCUCCAUCACAAACCUCAACUCCGUCGUCGGCUUUGGGCGCGGGAUGAAAAUCCGCGGCCGCGCGGAUCCCACAGACCGACGGUCCGCUUCGUCAGGUAGCGAGGACAAUCUAGUCAUUGGCGGCGGCGGCGGAGGGAAUCGACAUCAACAAGACCGUCGCAAACAGCAGCAGUUCCCACCGCGCGGUGGCAACAACAACAACAGGAACAACAGUAACAUCCGGAUCAGUAGCGGGAUCGGUAGAGGCAAACACCUCGCACCCGCACCGCAAGACUCCUACCGCGAUCGCCAGCCGCAGGAGUUCUUCGGCAACCAUACUCGCCAGCGCUCUCUGUCGCCUAAUCCGCGGCCUGUCCGUGGCGGCGGUCAAUCAACUCGAGGCAAGGAUCGCUGGCAACCGCCGCCGCCUUCCCGACCGGCUAGAGGUGGUCGUGGAGGUGGAUCGGCUCAGAGAGGUAAACGCGGCGGUGGGAAUGGAGACGGUUACCGGCCCAUGCCUAGUGCUGCAAAGAAGGCAUGGGAGAAAUACCGGUAUUGA